AAUGAAAGGAUAUUGUUUACGAGACCCCAUUACCACUACAAUCACAUCUAAAUUAGACACCACUUUGGAGCUUUUAUUCUUCAUUAUUGAGAGAACUUUUCUUCCAUACUUCACAGAGAGAUGGCUGUGAAUAAUGAUGAGAAAGAGCAAAUCAAACCCAUUGGACACAAUGAACUCGCUCACAAGAGUCUCCUUCAAAGUGAUGCACUUUAUCAGUAUAUACUUGAAACCAGUGUGUUUCCGAGAGAGCACCCAUGUUUGAAGGAGCUUCGUGAGAUGACAGAAAAACAUCCUCGGAACCUUAUGGCUACACCUGCUGACGAAGGACAACUUUUAAGCAUGCUGAUUAAGCUCAUCAAUGCAAAAAACACAUUGGAAAUUGGUGUGUUCACUGGUUAUUCUCUUCUCUCCACUGCUCUUGCUCUUCCCUCUGAUGGAAAGGUAUUGGCUUUGGACGUGAGUCGUGAAAAUUAUGAGCUGGGAUUACCCAUAAUUGAAAAAUCUGGAGUUGCUAAUAAGAUUGACUUUAGAGAAGGACAGGCACUCCCUCUUCUUGAUGAACUUCUUCAAAACGAAAAUAACAAGGGGAUAUUUGAUUUUGUUUUUGUGGAUGCUGAUAAGGAUAAUUACUUAAACUAUCACAAGAGAGUACUUGAUCUUGUGAAAAUUGGGGGAUUAAUCGGGUACGACAACACCUUAUGGUGUGGAUCAGUAGCGGCUCCACCAGAUGCGCCUAUGAUGGACUAUGUUAAGCGUUUACGUGGCUAUGUGAUUGAGCUCAACAAAUAUCUAGCUCAAGAUUCAAGGAUCGAGAUUUGUCAACUCCCUGUAGGUGAUGGGAUUACCCUGUGUCGUCGCAUCAGCUGAUUAUUCUCCUUGGUGUUGGUUUUUUUGGUUGGAGAAUUCAGAGUUUUGUUAUCGAUUUUUCAGGUUUUUAAAUAAGAAUGUUACGGUUUAUGGAGUGUGUUGUAAAUAUAGUAAUAACUAUUUAAAAAAUACCUCUUAAAAAGUAGGUGAAAUAUUAGUAUGUUUGAAGUUUUCGGGUUUAUUGUAUUAUUGACUAUUGGUUUUUGUUACAUUUUUGUGAAGUGGAAAAGUUUCGUAAA